AUGAGCAAGCCAUCGUUUAAGGAGGCGUCGCCCCAAGGAGUUGCUAAUAUGGCAUGGGCCUUGGCGAUUUCCGCUCUAAAAUCUGGAAGCUGCCAAGCAUUGACACACGCUGCCGAAAUUGCUUUGAGCCGCACUGAAGAGUUUCGCCCCAAAGAGCUGGCUGCUUUGGGAUGGGCCUUAGCGGCUUCCGCUCAGGAGGCACCAAAGACGCCAGAGAUGUGGCGGCAGGCGGCUCGUACUGCCCUUGAAGUGGCUUUGGAAGAGCCGCACACUGGCCGAGGUGGCCGGCUGCUGGCCCAGACAGCAUGGGCAUGUGCUUCGAUGCAGGCAGCGUCGCAACCGUUGUUGGAUAGACUGGCCAAUGCGCUUGCAUAUCACUGUGGAGGUAAGCAGCGCAUUUUGUCGAACCAAGACGUUGCCAAUGGCAUUUGGGCGCUUUCCAUAAUGUCAUGCCAAUCGCCAUCAUUGGAGGCGAUGGUGAAGGAAGCUGAGCUCCGAAUCCAGACCUUUGAAGCUCGACAGCUGGCAGCUUGUGCGUGGGCAUUGGCCACAACAAGGUAUCAAUCCAAGACCUGGUUGGAGGUGCUAGCUGCAGCAGCAGCAGCCACUAGCCAUAGCAAACUGCUGGGUGUCAGUGCCUGGGUCUUGGCGAGUUGUGAAGUGCCCAAACUGCUGGAGGCAUUGCUACCAAAUGCGGUGCAGCUCUUGCAAAACCCUGACAAAGUAUCAGCCGAGACACUGUUGCAACUUGCAUGGGCCAUUUCAUUCAGCGGCCUGGGAACAAAGCAGAGGCCGCUGCUGCUUCGCAUCGAAGACUUGCUACGCUUGGAAGGAAGGCGGCGGGAUGCUGCGAUCAGGGAAGAUCUCAGUGGGAUGGGCACAGUAGUUGAAGCCGAGACUGCAGAAGUGGCCGAGGCUGAAGCUCCCAGCAUCGUUUUGCAGGAGCAAGAUUUUGUGAUUGUCCACAAGCCAGUGCAUUGGGAGGUGGAUGAUGGGGACAUGAGGAAGCCGUCAGGACGACGACCCUUUCCACUAUCAAGAUUUUUGCAGCAGCGCUUCCCAAGCAGGUCCAUUUUGCAUGACGUCACCGUCGGCGGCGGCUUCCAGGGACGCUUGGAUGCUCAAUCUUCAGGUUUGGUGUUGUGCGCAUUGACCUACGAGGCAUUUCUGCUGCUUCAAUUCAGGCAAGACACUCAUGACGUGGCUCGGGAGUAUUUGGUGCUGUGCCAUGGCUGGAUGCCAGCUACUUUGAGAGAGGUCAGUGCACCCAUUUGGAGUAAAGAUGCUUCCAGUCUUGUGGACUAUGACCGCGGUGCACCUGCCAAAACUUUCUUGCAGCCAAUUGCUUGGUUCAGGAGAUCUGGUGAACAAGAUCUCUACAGUUUGGUGGCUGAAGAACUUGGGCGCUUUAAAGAUUAUUGGAUGACGGUGACAGCAUGGGUAGUGGCUGCUGUGGGCACUGUUGGAAUCCUCUCAAAGCCAUUGCUUCUUCCUCGAUUAUACUCAUCUUUUUGA